AUGACCAGGAGAAUUUGGGACCCGCAAACAGGUGAAUGUCUAUCCAUCUUGACACAUGAUCACAUCGUCCGCUCUGUCGCCUUCCCUUGUCAAGAUAACCCGCAAUGCGUCAUUACUGGGGCCCAGGACAAGAAGUUGAAGAUAUUCGACCUGACACGGGGUGGUGCCGCCGCAACUCCAUCUCAAGCCAACGGUAACUCUCCUGUCACACCAACCACCACCUCUGAGGGCCACGAAAUUGGCGUGGGCGGACACAACGGUAGCAUCAAAUCCAUUGUCUGGAACGUUGAUUACAACAUCAUCACGACUGCUUGUGAUGACAAAACCAUCCGCUGGUGGGAUCUCCGAAGCCAGCAGCUGAUUUCGAGCUACAAAACUGAACGAGACAUAACGUCGUGUGAACUGUCCAACACGAAGGUAGAAAGCACCGACCCUGGAAUCAUCAGCGUUGCGGCCGGAAACACAUGCAUCUUUUUCAAUGCCGGACGACCUGGUGAAAUCAUCAAGAAGGUCAAUUUCGACCAUGAUGUUGCCAGUGUGGCAAUAAACUCUCAGUCCGGGCGCUUCGUUACUGGUGGAGGGAAGGAUACAUGGGUCCGAGUUUGGGACUUUGCUCUCGAGAAAGAGCUCGAGGUUCUCAAGGGCCACCAUGGUCCGAUCUGGUCAACUGCUUUCUCACCCGAUGGCAAGAUCUAUGCCACAGGUAGUGAGGAUGGCACGAUCAAGUUAUGGAAAGCCUGCAAGGAACCAUAUGGCCUGUGGCGCUGA